CUGGUCGUUACAAAUAGGGUUGGUAAUUCAUUACCAUCAUUGCUGUCAAAUACUACCAAUUAAUAUCCCAUUCGAUUUUUGCUUCUCUCCCUUUCAACAUUAUAAAAAGAAAAUUCACUAUCCAACAUUGAUAAGAGAGAGAGAUUUUUUGUACACUUCAUAACAUGUCUUCAUAUUUUCCAAGCUUUGGUACAAAAAUCCCACGUAUGGGGAAGGGGUACGAUGAUGUGUUGUUCACAGUGACCAACCAAUUAGUUAAACCAGGUUCAUGGUCCAACUAUAAAGUCCCCUGCAACCUCUCAAAGCAACACAUUAGCUUUGUAUCGAAAUUCGACCAAAUUUGUUCUUCUCCUGUGAUGAUGGAGGACGAGCAUAAAAAGUUGGAUUCUUUGCCUGAAUUUGGAUUAUCAGAGCCAGAGAAAUAUUCCAAGGAAUUGGAGGUGGCUGUUAGAGCAGUGCAGAUGGCGUGUUCCCUCUGCCAGAGAGUGCAGGACACUUUGAUUUCCAACGCUCGGACCAAUCAUCGUCAGGUUCAGUCCAAGGAUGACAAUUCUCCGGUUACGGUUGCAGAUUGGAGUGUUCAAGCAAUUGUCAGCUGGAUGUUGUCAGAAUGUUUAGGGAGUCAAAAUGUCUCAAUUGUUGCUGAAGAAGAUGCUCAAACUCUCUCCGAGGCUAACGCAUCUGAGCUGUUAGAAGCUGUGGUUGAAACUGUGAAUCAAUGUCUAGCCGAAGCACCUCGAUUUGGAGUUCAGGAGCCAAAAUCACCUCUUGGAACUUCAGAUGUUCUUGAAAUCAUUAGUCGCUGCAACUCAACUGGGGGUCCCACUGGAAGAUUUUGGGUACUGGAUCCUGUUGAUGGCACAUUAGGAUUUGUACGUGGAGAUCAAUAUGCUGUAGCUCUAGCACUCAUAGAGGAUGGAGAAGUGAAACUUGGUGUUCUUGGAUGUCCUAACUACCCAAUGAGGAAGGAAUGGUUAAGUUAUCAUCACCGAUAUCAUAGGAUUAUAUCCAAGUUGACACGUCCAGCUUCUGAAACUUGGAACAAAGGUUGUGUGCUAUAUGCUAAAAAGGGUAGUGAGAAGGCUUGGAUGCAACCACUGCUCCAUGUCAAUAAGAUGUUUGUGUGGCCAAACCAUGCAAAACAAGUUUCUGUCUCUUCCAUUGACAAUCCUGCACUGGCCACUUUUUGUGAACCAGUUGAGAAGGCCAAUUCAAGCCAUUCUUUUACAGCAGGACUGGCUCACAGUGUUGGUCUCAGGAAACAGCCAUUGAGGGUGUACAGCAUGGUGAAAUACGCAGCAAUAGCUCGUGGGGAUGCUGAGGUUUUCAUGAAGUUUGCAAGGGCCGGUUACAAGGAGAAAAUAUGGGAUCAUGCUGCAGGCGUUAUCAUCAUACAAGAAGCUGGUGGGAUGGUAACAGAUGCUGGAGGACUUCCCCUAGACUUCUCAAAAGGCUUAUAUUUAGAAGGCCUUGAUCGUGGCAUAGUUGCUUGUUCUGGAGCCACACUACAUGCAAAGAUCAUUGAUGCUGUUGAUGCCAGCUGGGGCUCUUCUAGCCUUUGAGUCUGCUUCUAUUAACUUACAUGUAUACAUGGCAAAAUAAUGUCAAUAAUGAUUCAUCUUUUAUUUUCUGUUUUACAUAAUUUCUUAUAAAUCCCCCUACCUCACCAUCAGUUUAUUUUUGAUGUAUUGCUAACAACAUAUGAGUUUGUUAGUCUGCAAUUGUAUUAUUUGGCAUUAUAAUAACGCCUAAUUGUCAUAAUUUCUUAGCAUACUGAAUGCCAUGUACUGAAAAUGAUUCUUCUUUAGAGGGAUUCAUGGACUUGUAUACUGUUGCAACUCUAUAGAAUUGUUCACCUUCUGUGUAGCA